AUGGAAACACGUAGUAAGACGAGGGCAGACCCCGCGGCUACGGAAUCCGUCCGGGUGCAGCGCGAACGUCGUCAACGUUCACCGCGCAGCGCCCGGCCGGGUUUGGCUGCGACGGACGACGGUGCUUCGGCAUUGCCAAGCAGUUCAAGCAUACGAGGCGACGUGGCACAACCUAGCCACGACGCUGAACGCCUGGAUGCUCGAACUAGCUCGCAAAACGAAGGCGAUGUCAAAGCACGACCAUCUAAACCUGUUUCUAGUAUUCACAGUAAUACUGCGCGCACCGAGCGCACACAUUCUUCGCGUUCUGCGGCAACCGUCCGCGCCCAGAAACUUGCUCUCGAAGCAGAAGCUAUGCGGCGUCAGGUGGAGCGUGAACGCGAGCUUGCGCGUCAGCAAGCGGACCGCGAGCGGCAACAGGCGGAGCUCGAGUUCGAACUCGCGCGUCAGCAAGCCGUACUCGCACGAAAACAAGCCGAGGCAGAGGCACAGCGCGAGCGCGAGCUCGCAGGCCUCGAGUCCGAAGCGGAACAAAUGGAGCUGCAAGCAAGACUCGCCGCCCUGGAAGCUUCAGAUAAGUCUGUCAAUUCACGUAGUUCGUAUUUUUCUGAUCAUAACGCCGAAAGGCGCACUACGACUUGGGUUUCGGAACAAAAUGCUAACAUGACUGUAGCAUCCCAUGAAAACAUACCUGGUGAGGCACCGAUUGUCACCUCGAGCGACGCUCCAGGACUUCUUUUACAGCCGGCCGCCGCCGCCAACUCGGUAUCUUUCAAAGUGCCAACUGUCAACCAAGCAACAUUCUCGAAACCCACUCAAGCCCUUUUAAAAAAUAACUACGGAACCGUGGCACCAAGACCACCAGUACAAUCUGAACAUUGCACAAUAGACCCUAUAACAAAACUUUCUCAGGCUAUAAACGCACUUUCAAACAGACCAAAGAAACCCGAGCUAGUUACAUUCUCAGGUGAUGUCGGUCAAUGGAUGGCCUUUAAAAGUAGUUAUGAGAGAAGUAAAAUCAACUUUUCCCCUUCAGAGAACCUAGAUCGCCUGAACGUCGCCGUCCGCGGACAAGCGUACCAGUCCGUCGCGUCCCUCAUGUGGACCUGCGGCUCGCCCGACGACGUCGUACAGGCGCUCGAGCAGACGUACGCGCGCCCGGAGCUGCUGGUCGCCCGCGAAGUCGCCGACCUACGGAACACGCAAAAGCUAAGUUCUGCUCAGGAUUUAAAUACGUUAGCGAACAAAUUACGAAAUUUUGUUACUACGCUCACAAUACUCAAACAAACGGAGUAUUUAUCCUCCCCGGAGCUUUUUCGGUGCAUCUUGGUAAAAAUGAGUGAGCACACUAGGUCGCGCUUUACAGAUUAUGCAACUGCUCACACGCCAGAGCAACAGAGUGUUACAAAACUUGAAUUAUUGUCACGUUUCCUUUUGAUUGAGGCUGACAAACAAUUAAAAUUUAAUUUUGUUGCUGACAGUACUGUCAAGGCGCCAACGCCACCAGCGUACUCAAACAUAUCACGAAAUAAUGCUCCGAAAUUUCCAUUAAAAAAGGAAACAAUACAUACUACGGUGUCUAACGAGACAACCUCUGAACAUUGUGCGUAUUGUAAACAAGGGUUUCAUAAAAUAAAGACAUGUAAGAGCUUUUUAAAACUAAUUGUAGAAGACAGAUGGCGCUGGGUUCGAGAAACUAAAAUAUGCUAUCGUUGCCUGAAGUCUAACCCACACACGUGGAACAAUUGCCGCGCAAAACGCUGCGGUGUCGACGGAUGCCCUAGACGCCACAACGCGCUUCUCCACGGCACAGGGACAACCGAGACUAACUCCGGCACGGCUCCUAGAGAUCAGGGCAAUAAUCUUCAAACAUCCUCUGAGAAUUCUAUACGCCCUGUCAUCAUAAAUAACACCGAUAACGAUAUUACAUCCGCUAAAAUUGCGAAUACUAUUGACUGCUCCAUUAAUGCAACAGGAUCUUCCCCAUCGACUUCACUUCCACGACGUCCCCGCGGCCUGCUGAAAGUAGUCCCGAUCGUACUCGAGGGCCCUGACGGCGCGUUCGAGACAACAGCGCUACUCGACGAUGGCAGCAUCUCAACGCUCAUCGACGCCGACGUAGCAGCACGCAUCGGAGCGAAGCCGACGAGUCCGGAGCGUCUUCGCAUCGAAGGUGUUAGUAAUAUGUCAACGGAACUCGACGCACUCUCACGCUUCAAGGCCCUCGAGCGACAGAUGUCAAAGGACUCGUCGUUUGCCGCAGCCUUUCAACAGUUCAUUGAUGACAUCAUCAGCAAGGGAUACGCCGAAGAGUGCGAUCCGAAGACCUAUCACCAUCGGCCUGCAGCAAAUACCUCUUGUGUAAACCCAGAUGGCUCUAUUCGCUGGUACCUGCCCAUUUUCGGUGUAUUUCAUCCUCAAAAGAAAAAGCUGAGAGCAGUUCAUGACGCGGCUGCCACGACGAAAGGCGUAAGCCUCAACAGCAUGCUUCUGCAAGGCCCUGACCUAUUGUCUCCCCUACUCGACGUUCUUUUCCGCUUCAGAGAAGGUGCAGUAGCCUUGAACGGCGACAUUAGAGAGAUGUUCCCCCAAAUUAAAAUCGCCACAAGAGACAGAGACGCCCAACGUUUUCUCUGGCGCGACAAGAACAACGACCUCAAGGAAUACCGCAUGUCGUCAAUGAUUUUCGGCGCAGUUUCAAGUCCCUUCAUUGCUCUCCACAUCAAAAACAAGAACGCGAAGAUGUUCGAAGUCAACUUCACCGCCGCCUGCAAAGCAAUCAUCGAAGACCACUACAUGGACGACUACCUAGGAAGCCACACCAACGUUGCUGACGCAGCUCAAAUGGCCGCCGAUGUUGUCACAGUUCACAAAUCUUGUGGUUUCGAAAUGCGAUCGUGGACCUCCAACCACCCAGAGGCGUUGUCUCUCGUCCCCAAAGAACUGCGAAGCGACGCCACAUCUGACGUUUACCUGCCUCCCAGUAGUGAUGUCGGCGUCUUGGGUGUUAAAUGGAACCCACGCCUAGACUGUUUAGGUUUUCGUGCCGUACCCCAGAUACCGACCGGCACCUUGACAAAACGUAUACUGUUAUCAAAUGUCAUGAAAGUCUAUGACCCUUUAGGUCUAUUGAUGCCAGUCGUGAUCUGGGGUCGUAUUAUAAUUCAAAGAUUAUGGCGGGCAGGCAUUGGCUGGGACACAGACUUACCUGAGAUGUACGUAAGCGAAUCCAAAGACUGGUUUGCACAGCUACGGAUCGCAGCCGAUAUAAAAAUCCCGCGCUGGUACAUGGUCAGGUCAGACUUGUCAGACGUUCAGCUGCACUUAAUCGCUGACGGUGGCGAACAAGCCUACGCCUGCGUUGCCUAUUGGCGUUUUACUUACAGCGAUGACUCCGUGUCGACAGCCCUCGUCGGCAGCAAGGCCCGAGUCAGUCCCCUGAAACCGAUUUCGAUCCCAAGAUCGGAAUUACAAGCUGCACUCAUCGCGUCGCGUUUCGCACAGACUAUUUUGCAAGCUCAUCGUUUUGAACCCUCCGCAACCACUUUCUGGACCGACUCAACUACUGUCCUAAAGUGGAUCCGGAGUGACGCGCGCGCUUUUAAACCGUUCGUCGCACACCGGUUGGGAGAGAUAUUGGAAACCACUAAUCCAUCCGAUUGGAGGUGGAUCCCUACCUCUCUCAACGUCGCCGACGAUGCGACAAAACCAAAAAGAACUGAUUUUACAGCAUCUCAUCGGUGGUUCACUGGUCCACAGUUUCUUGUUGAACCGACGUCCGCUUGGCCGACCGAGCGACACAUCAACGAGGAAGAGACCUCACCAGACCCCGAGCUAAAAUCAAAUCUGUUGAUUCUGCUCCUUGAUAUCCCACUUCCAUAUUCGGUACCUGAUCCGACGCGUUUUAACUCAUGGCUGCGUUUACUUCGCGCCACCGCCCGCGUUCUCCAGGGCGCACGACUUUUCCGGCUUAAACUCUCUCGACCAAUACACCCAAAUUCUAAAUUGUAUAUUGACCACACCACAUCUCCCCACCAGGUUCACGCAGCGGACAUCAUAGAAGCGGAGAAGAUGUUGGUUCGGCAAGCCCAGAGAGAGAGUUUCCCAGAGGAAUUGACAAACCUGCGAUCCUCGAAGCCAGUGCCCAAGGACAGUCGGAUUAAGAAACUCGCCCCUAUACUUGAUGAAGAAGGCCUCAUGCGUCAAAACACACGCAUUAUUUCCGCACCAGGAGUGAAUAACGAGACAAAAUCCCCCAUGAUUCUUGACGGCCGCCAUUACAUCUCAAGACUCAUCAUCUUUCACGAACAUGUAAAAGCCUCACAUCAGUUUAAUGAGCUCGUUCUAAAUGAACUUCGACAAAGGUUUUCGAUCCCAAGAGCCAGAGGAACCAUUCGCAGCGUAGCAAGCUCCUGUCUAAAAUGCAAGAGAUGGAACACGAAACCUAUGCAACCUCAGAUUGGUAACUUACCUCUAGAACGCCUAGAUCAUCAUAAAAGACCAUUUACCCACGUCGGCCUUGAUUAUUUUGGCCCUAUUCUGGUAACGCUAUACAGACGGAGCGAGAAACGAUACGUUGCCUUAUACACAUGCCUCACAACCAGAGCGCUUCACCUAGAAAUCGUGCACUCACUCACUGCAGAUAGCGCUAUAAUGAGCCUCAGGCGCUUCAUUGCUCGCCGAGGAUCGCCUACCACUAUAUUUUCCGACAACGGGACCAACUUCGUCGGCUCUUCCCGUGAACUACGAUCCCUACAUGACAACUCAAUUGUAGAAUAUGCCACUAAUCACAAAAUCGAUUGGCGUUUCAUCCCACCUGCAUCACCAUUCAUGGGCGGCGCCUGGGAGCGGCUGAUACGCACAAUUAAAGCAGCCCUCAGAUCCUGCCUAACGAAUAGGCCACUGAAAGAAGAAGUCCUUUCUACCCUCCUACUCGAGGCUGAAUCCAUAGCAAACUCAAGACCACUCACGUAUGUCCCGUCUUCCCCAGAUGCACCAGAAGCGAUUACACCAUUUCAUUUCAUUCUGGGCUCCUCUUCGGUCGUACCAUGGACCACGUCGCUGACAGACGCAGACCUUUCCCGACGCUGUGACUGGCGGAGAACCCUGCGCCUAGCAGACCAUUUUUGGGCACGAUGGCUACGCGAGUACCUACCAACACUUCGGCAGAGAGGGCCCAACAACAACAACAACCUUUUAAACCUUGGCGAGGGUGAUGUGGUGUUGAUCGCCGACCCUACGCUUCCUCGUGGUUUGUGGCCGCUAGGAAGAGUAGCAAAAGUUUACCUAGGACCUGACGGAGCGGUCCGCGUGGCAGACAUCCACACAAAAGGAGGCGUGCUGCGCAGACCGGCCCGGAAGCUGAUUUUGAUGGAGGCCGCGACCCAGCCAGUGACCACCAGUGGUUAG